AUGGCUGUAUUUCUGUAUCUUUGUGCUCUUUUAUUGCUGUUCACAAGGUCCUUACAAAGUGAGCCAGUUGUGUCAGCUGGAAGCAUUCAUCUGAAGUGCAACCUGGGCUCCAAACUGUGCAAGGACGGCUCGGAGUGUAUCCUCCAUAGCACUGUGUGUGAUGGAGAACCUGACUGCAGGGAUGGUUCAGAUGAAGACGACUGUCCAACUGAAUGCAACAGAGAUCAGUUUCGGUGUGCCCAUGGGAAGAAGUGUCUAGAAAAGGACCAGGUUUGCGAUGGCGUUCCUCAGUGUCAGGACCGUUCUGAUGAACUCAACUGUAUGAAGCGUAUGGACGGCUGUGUUCACCACUGUGACAACAAGAACCGCUGCUUGCCUGCAAACUUCCUCUGUGAUGGAGAGAGGGACUGUUUAGAUGGCACAGAUGAGGAGAACUGUGAGGACCUUGAGGAAGAAGAGUAUAAAAGGGAAGGAAGGACCAGGGUGACCUCUAAGCCUCAUUUACCUGUGGCUACAUCCACUAUCAAGUGUUCUUUGAGUGCCAGACCCUGCAAGGACAAUGCUGAGUGUGUCCUGUACAACCAUGUUUGCGAUGGAGAGGCAGAUUGCAGUGACGGCUCAGAUGAGGAAGAAUGUGUAUCAACGUGUGAAACAAAUCAGUUCCAGUGUGCCCAUGGACAGAAGUGCAUUGCACAGAGCCAGGUGUGUGAUGGUGUGCCUCAGUGUCAGGACCGCUCAGAUGAGCUGGACUGUACCUUGCACAUGGACGGCUGUGCUCACCAGUGUGAUGACAAGACCCGCUGCAUUCCCAACACCUUCCUCUGUGACGGGGAGAGGGACUGCUUAGAUGGCAGCGACGAGGCCAACUGUGCCGAAGAGGGCUGCAGUGCCACUGAAUUGAAGUGCACCAGUGGCCAGUGUGUGUCUGCCACAAUGCGUUGUGAUGGACAGCCAGACUGCUGGGACCGGUCUGAUGAAGAGGCCUGUGCCAAUGCACUGGUCUGCACCACCAAACACAGCUGCCCCGUGAGCAAGGAGUGUCUGGUGCAGGAAUGGAUCUGUGACGGAUAUCAGGACUGCAAAGAUGGCACUGAUGAGAAGGAUUGUCCCGUUGCUCCACUGACCUGUGGUGAGUUCCAGUGGUCGUGUAAAUCCAAGACCAUGUGUGUCCCUAUGGCCUGGAGAUGUGAUGGCAUGAAGGACUGUGAUGAUGGCAGUGAUGAGACUAAAUGUGUAGUGGUGCCGUGUCUUCCUCACCAGUUCCACUGUGGAAGUCGGGAGUGCCUGGAGCUGUCCCUGGUGUGUAACAGCAUGACAAACUGUGCAGAUGGCUCAGACGAGGGAGGCAGCUGCCAGAUAAACUGUGCAGAGAAAGAUAAGAGGCGCUGCUCCCAGACCUGCUACAGCACGCCGCAGGGAACGCGUUGUGGCUGUUCAGCAGGAUACAGGCUCAUGGACGAUGGGAUGACGUGCGCUGAUGUUGAUGAGUGUGAAGGCCUGAGCUCAGGUGUGUGCAGUCAGCUGUGCAUCAACACUCCUGGCUCCUACAGCUGUGACUGUCACCCAGGCUCCAUAAUAGAGGCAGAUGGACUCCACUGCAAGAUCACAGGUGAACCCUACUUGUUGUUGUCAGUCCAGACAGACCUGAUUGUGUUUGGACUGCGCAGUGGCAGCAUGGAUAUGUUGUCCUCCACUGCCAAGAAAGCCAUCCUGUCUGUGGAUUACGACUGGAGGGAGCAGAGGGUCUUCUGGGUCAGUCUGGACACUGGGAGCAUCAAAUGGUCCUCGAUGGACCAGAAAAACACCGGGACGCUGAUUAAAGGCGUGCGAGCUGAUUCUGUAGCUGUGGACUGGCUCGGCAGGAACUUGUACUGGAUUGACGGGGUGAACAGUAAAAUUGUUGCCAUCAGACUGGCCACAGACACUGCAAAAUCCCAGGACCAGACUGUCAUCCUGGAUGAAGACCUGGAUCAGCCCCGCUCUCUGGCCCUGCUGCCACAAAAAGGACUGAUGUUCUGGACAGAGAUCGGUACUAUAGUGAAGAUCGAGCGGGCCGGGAUGGAUGGCUCCGAGAGGGUGGCAGUGGUGAACUCUAGUCUUGGCUGGCCUGGUGGUGUGGCUGUGGACACCAGCUCUGACAGAGUCUAUUGGACGGAUGAGAGACUUGGAGCAAUUGGAUCUGCAACGUUUGAUGGAGAUGAUAUCCGGAUCUUGCAGAUGAAGGAGACCGCCAGCCCAUUCUCACUGGCAGUGUUCAAUGAUAUGCUCUACUGGUCUGAUGCCAAAAAGCGAGUCCUCCAGGCUGCUCAUAAAAUCUCUGGCAAAUACCAUCAGGUUCUCCUGAAAAGACGAAGACAGCCUUUUGGCGUGAAGGUUAUCCACCCAUGGCUCCAGAUGGGAAACCAGAGCCCCUGUGAGAAGAUGGCCUGUUCCCACAUGUGUGUGUUUGCCCGGGGCCCCAAAGCUGUGUGCAAGUGUCCCUCUGGUCUGGUACUGGCGGAGGAUAGGCUGACCUGUUCCCGUCUGGUCAACUCUGCGUUCCUGCUGAUGCUGUCUCCAUCCACUGUCACUCAGAUUUACCUGCAGUCCCGACACACAGCAGGAGAGCUGAAGGGCUGGCCAGAACAUCUGGCCCUGCAGCUGCCCAGUGUCAAUGAAGCCGUCAUCAUGGACUACAACCCCCGUGACCUCACCCUAUUCUUGACCGAUGAUGGCACAAAUUCACUCAGCGCCUUCAAACUGAAGGACUCGGUUUUGGUGUCCCAGGGCCAGCUCCUCAAACUCCUGGGUAACACCAUCACUGCUAUGGCCCUGGACUGGGUGACGCUUAACAUCUACUGGAGCAGCAAUAAACAGCCCCGUCUGCAAGUCACGUCCAUCAUGGGAGCACACACUGCUGUUGUCAUCGAGAAGGGCAUUGAAAGAAUCGGAUCCAUCGUUCUCCAUCCUCCGACUGGGAGAGUUUGUUUCACCAACCUGGGUUUGCAGGGUGCAGGUGCUCCGGCUACUGUAGAGUGUGCAAACAUGGACGGUGCUGAGCAGAAGGUGGUGUGGAAGGAUGCUGUCCAGCCCACAUCCUUGGUCUUCUCCAGUAAUGGGGAUGCUAUUUACUGGGCUGACUCUGCUUUAGGAAGCAUUGGCUCUGUCCAGCUUGAUGGAUCUGAAUACAUAGAGGUGAAGGUUGGUAAUGGCCUGGCUGCUGUGGCUCUGAGUGAUGAUACGCUGCUCUGGAUGACUAUCAAUGAUAAGACCAGGCUCUGGUAUCGAGACGAGCAGCAGCAGAGCAAGUUGUGGUUUGAAGUUGGCACACAAGUGGUCAGCAUGAAGGCCUUCAGCAAGUCAAGUCAGUCCGGUUCUAACAAGUGCACAGAGAACAACGGCAACUGCCAGCAUUUAUGCCUCGCCACCUCAGAAGGCCGGACAUGCAAGUGUGGCCAUGAUCACGUUCCUGUGAAUGACACCCACUGCAGUCUGGAGCAGCACUGCCCAGCCGGCAGCAAGCCAUGUCUGGAUCGACUCUCAUGCCUUCCUGUUGAGAAGUUCUGUAACAGGCAUGUGGACUGCUCCGACCAUUCAGAUGAGAACUGUGUUAAUCUAAUGCUGAUGUCUGGAGUCAAAACCUCUGCUCCCAUCCAGCCUCACAGCUCCCCUCCUCCCCCUUACCCAUCUCUGUCUGAAACCAUUGACCUGUACACCACCAUGAAUGUCAGCAGCCAGCUCAUGAACCUGGAUGCCCAGCAGUGCAGCCAGAGACACUGCAGUAGCAAUGGGCGCUGUGUGAAAAACGCUGGAGACACCACAUGUGUUUGUUCCCUGGGCUAUAUCGGUGAUUCCUGCCAGGACCAUUUCCUGAAGACCAUGCAGGGUCCCAUCAUCUAUGGCGCUGCAGGGCUCUGUGUGGGCGUGGUGGUCAUUGCUGUAAUGGCAGUUCUGGUCAAGAGGAAGAAGAGGGCCAACAUGAGGGGAGCUAGCUCAGCAGCUGUGAAGGAAACUUCUAUGACAGACUUGGAGAACAAAGCUGAGACCACCCCUCGUACAAAAUCUACCGUCCAAGAGAAGCCAGAGGAAGUGGCACCAUCUGUUGGCUGAUGUUGAUGGCA